AGCGCGCUCCACAACCCUCAAUCACCUCACACUAUGCGCCAUCCGCGGUACCACCUACACCACUCCUCCUCUCGCCCAUCCGAUCACGCUCCAGACUAACACCAAACCUCUGCGAGUAAAGUCCUUUAUUCAUCACUGCCAUACGAAGUGCAUCCCAUCGACCUGCGCUGACGCAACCCCCACCAACUCUCCGACUGCUCGCGCCAACCCUGGCACGUCAAAUCCCCCAAUCUCGCCAUGCCUCUUGACAACAUACGGAACAUCCUUCUCGUGCUCUCCGGCAAAGGCGGAGUCGGAAAAUCAAGCGUCACUACCCAGCUCGCCCUUACCCUAUCGUUACAAGGACAUUCGGUCGGUGUUUUGGAUAUAGACUUGACAGGCCCGAGUAUACCGCGCUUUUUUGGUAUCGAGAAUGAAAAAGUAAGGCAAGCGCCUGGUGGCUGGAUACCGGUGGAUGUACACGGUGAGCAGACAUUGGCUACGCAUAAGAGAGUGGGCGAAGAGGAUGGAAGCACAACGGAGCAAACAGAAGGAGGAGAGGCGGCUGCAGAUGGCCAAAAGAUUGGAUCUUUAUCCUGCAUGUCACUAGGCUUCAUCUUGGCCUCGCGCUCCGAUGCUGUAAUCUGGCGCGGCCCUAAGAAGACAGCCAUGGUUCGCCAGUUCCUCACCGACGUCCUAUGGCCACCGCUCGAUUACCUCCUCAUCGACACGCCGCCCGGUACCUCCGACGAACACAUCUCUCUGCUCGAAACACUGUUGAAGAACACCACACCCUCUCCCGCUCUCAACCCGUAUCUCCCCUUCCUGGCCGGCGCCGUCGUGGUCACGACCCCACAAGCCAUCAGCGUCAGCGACGUCAAGAAGGAACUCAACUUCUGCAAGAAGACCGGCAUCAGAGUCCUUGGCGUAGUAGAAAAUAUGGCCGGCUUCAUCUGCCCAAACUGUUCGGAAUGCACAAACGUUUUCAGCAAGGGCGGCGGAGCCGUCAUGGCAACAGAGUUCGAAGUCCCUUUCUUGGGUUCUGUACCGAUUGACCCGGCGUUUGUGGAAUUGGUCGAGAGCGGGACAAGGCCGGUGUAUCCCAAGGGUACGGUGUUGCAAGGGAAGGAGAUGGAUACUGAAGAAGUUGCGGCUUUGAAGAGUAAGGAUGGCCUUUUUGUGGACAAGUAUCGGGAUUGUUCGUUGGCGCCACUUUUUGAGGAAUUUGUGACGAGGUUGAAGGGAGAUAUUGGGAGGAUUCAGUGAGGAGGUGAAGAGUUGAUAUGUAAAGAUGAAGAUGACGAAGAGAUGAAAUAGAUACCAUUCAAGACGUAGAGAGGAAUAGAUACCCGGCCAAACAUCGCUGAUUAUGUAGGAUCUCGCCGUCCAUCUUGUUGUUGUCAUUCCGUCUCGUGUGAUUACAUUGCUCCAAGCGGUCUGUCGUCGUGACGGAUGAGGCUCCACUCGUAAUCGCAAUUAUCAGUCUUCUACUUGAGAUCCCAUUUCGUACUGGCGCCUCUGGCUUUUGGUCUGCAGAUCAAACGUGCAGG